AUGGAGACAACGACCGAUGGCCACGAUGCCGAAAUCGACGCGCCUUGUACUCCCCCGGCUCAGGUGAUACACUCAGAUCCAUUCCGCGAGCCUCCUAGAGCCCCGAAACCGAGUGAGAGAUUUCGUCCAAAAGAAGCUCUCAUACCCAGCAUCCAUUGGCCUGAAGAGCUUUCCUCUGUAACUCCCACAAAGCGAAGGAAGCUCAUCAGCCCCGAUAGUGCCGAGAAUCGCUUCGGACCACUUCUUGACGACAAGAGCAAGCGCCCACGACUUCAAAGUGCCCCUCAGGGACCGUUGGAUCUGCUGAACCGGGUGUCGUAUCGAUAUACUCCCUUAGACUUUUCAAAGUCCCAGAUCAGGUUACUAGUCCUCAAUGCAGGAUCAUUCGAGGAUGAGAUCUCAUGUCGCUUACAGCACUUCAGCUUUGACAGUAACGUCUCGUUCGAUGCGCUGUCUUAUACUUGGGGAGACCGAAGUAGCGCUCGUUACAUACGAAUCGGCGAUAGUUACCUCCAAGUGACGAGUAAUCUGGAGGCAGCGCUACGACAUCUCCGACUUAGGAGCUCUAGCCGGACUAUCUGGAUUGACGCUCUGUGUAUUGAUCAACAGAAUGUCCAGGAGCGAAACCACCAAGUGCAAGAGAUGAAAAGAGUCUAUGGAUCCGCUCGGCGAGUGCUUGCAUGGACAGGAGUGGCUCAAGUUGGCAGUGACCAGGUCAUGUCAAAAAUGGGAGCAGUCUUCACGAAGAAUGUAGAGGUAUCUCACUUCAACAUGCUCUCUCUCUACGCCUUGACGUCGCGGUCUUACUGGUCUAGAAUCUGGGUCGCACAGGAAAUCGCCGUCGCGAAUAAAGCUCCACUCAUCAUCGCUGGAACUCAAAGUGCUCCUUGCUCUGCUUUCAACAUGUUUUUCUCUGAGUUUCGAGCAGGCCUUCCUCCAAUGGCAUCAUUCCUGGCUCUUCGCGAUCGAUUCAGGAAUGAGAGAGAGAUAGACUUGGCGUCCCUGCUAUUUCUCACUGCGCACACCCAGGCGACUGAUCCACGCGACAAAAUUUAUGCGCUACUCGGACUCGCGCGCGAAGUCGACCGAGAUGCCAUCAUUCCUGAUUACUCGAAGAACUUUGAGCAUGUGUGCAAGGAAGUUGUUCGGCAUUUAGUCCGUCAUGACCGGAACCUUAAGAUU